AUGGAGAAAACCGAAGCAUAUCAAUGUUUAGGUGUAAAUGAUCCAUUACCGAAUUUAAUCGAACGUACAAACAAGUAUCUAUUAGAUUUACGAUUAGCUCAUUGGAUCACUCAAAAGCAAUAUGAACUUUUAUGUGUUAAACCAAGUGAAGCUAAAUUAGCUCAUCUAUAUUAUCUGCCUAAAACUCAUAAACCUGGUACUCCACUUCGUUCAAUUGUUUCAGGUCUUAAACAUCCAACUAUAAAAAUAUCGACAUAUCUCGAUCAAUUACUUCGACCACUAUUUGAUAGAAUAGGUUUAAAGACAACUACUACGUCUGGAUUCGAAGUAAUGAAGCAAGUAUAUGAAUGGUCAACAACUAAUCUACGUAAAGAAACAUUGUUAUGCACCAUAGACGUUGUAGAUCUUUAUACAAUGAUACCACAAACAGAAGGUGUUCUUGCAAUCAAAAAAAUGUUAGAUUAUCUUGAACUGAAACAAAUUGGUGGUCUAAAAAUUGAAACAAUAAUUAGAUUAAGUCGAUUCGUUAUGAAAAAUAAUUCUUUUUUAUAUGAAGGUCAAUAUUAUCAUCAAAUUCGUGAGGGUGCGAUGGGUUCACCGUUAACCCUGACUAUUGCCAAUUGUUACAUGUUCUUUUUUGAAAGAAAUAUUGUUAAACAAAUUACAAAUGCUGGUGGUCUAUACUUACGUUAUAUUGAUGAUAUGUUCAUUAUUAUAAACUGGCCUGAACGACACUUGAAUAAACAAAUUGGUCAAUGGAAUACUUUGGACUCAAAUAUUCAAUUGAAAGCUCAGGCCGGUCAGUCGAUAAAUUUUCUUGAUAUUUAUGUAGAAAAUAUUAAUGCUGAUCUGUUUACAAAAGUAUAUCAUAAACCAUCAUACGAACCAUACUAUUUACCAUUUAAUAGAGUUCAUCCUGUGCAUAUGAAAAAGAACAUUCCAUUCGCCAUGUUCCUUCGAGCAAUAAGAUAUUGUUCAACAUUCAAAGCUUUUCUAGAUGAACGUGAGGAUCUAAGAAUGGCUCUAUUAUUAAAUAAAUAUCCAGGCAAAUUUAUAGAUAGCCAAUUCAAUCGUGUACUCAAGAAGUGUAAUAUUACUCAAUCAUUAAAUAGUAACAAUUACAAUACGAUACGAAAAAAUAUUAUUUAUAAUAUUAUAGAAGAAGAAAAAUUACCAACUGAUCAUUAUAGAACAAUGUUUAUUCAUUUUACUUACUGUUUAAACAUACGAACUUUGCCAACAAAAUUUCAUACCCUUUGGAAUAAAUAUUUCAGUGAAUCACCAAUUAAUGAAAUUAUACCAGUUAUUGGCACUCGAAAUGUUCAAAAUUUACAAAAACAGCUGGUGAAAAAUAAAUAA